AUGUCCAAAGAGUCCGAUCCUGCUGAAAUCAAGGAGAGCGAGCCGAAGACGAAUGGAGAGCAAGAGAUAACGAGAAAUCGAACAAAGAAAGGUGAAGCCACGGGAAAGAGGAACGAAGAGGAACAAAGGAGGGUUGAGGAGGGCGAUAGUGAUGCCCCAAGAGGCGGGAACGGACUGGAAAUGAGAGGAAAUGAGGGAGCAAGACUCGCGGCUGAUACAGCUGAAGCGUUCCGAGACGAGAAGCGAGAGCAGCAAAGAAAUGGGCAAGAUGAGAUCGGCGGCGCGGAGGAGAAACACAUGGAGAGCGAGAAACAGAGUGGAGACGAGACGGAGGAGGAAUGGGCAGCAAAACGAGUGCCUGAAUCUGAGGUGCAAGCGGAUAUGGAAGCGCGCUCGAGUCUGCUUGCCCAAGGACCGACUGGCGGCAAUGGCGCCCGUUUCGACGACGAUACUACUGAAGAUUCUGCACGUCCCGCAUCCGUGGGAGGUGGAUCUGCUGCCGUCAUCACUAGUAGCGUCGCCGUUGCCACUGCUGAUUCGGAAACUGCAUCCACCAUCACCAGUGGUACAAGUAGUACUGGAGCCGCUACGGCUUCUGCUGCGACAGCUACUAGUGCUGCUACGGCUGGCGGCAAUUUGACGGACACCAUAGGCGUGGACGGCACCAGUGACGUUGCGUCGCCGCCGGAGAUUUUACGGCCGGGGAGCGGAGAACCAACGGUUGGAGUUUUGGGGGGGGGAAGCAGCGGGGAUGCGGGAAGCGCCGGGGUGGCGCGAAGCGGCGGGGGGGUGUUGCGCAGCGAGGAGGGGAGGCGCGUGAGGAGGCGUGUGCAGCGGCAGUCGUGGAGCGGCGCGUGCAUGUUCUGGAGCAUCGCAGCUCUCAUCGUCAUCAUCGCCGCGCUCGGCGCGUACCUCACAGCCGACGGGCAGCUUCCCAACGACACUGUGCGAUACGUGCUCGUCGCCACGACUGUCGUCUUCGCCGUCGCGUCGCUCGCGCUGCUGCUAGCCAUCCGAUACGUCGACCCGGGCAUCGUACCGCCCUCCGCAGUUCCAGACCCCGUGGUGGUGCGCGCGGAGAUGGGGGACGUGUCCCCCGAGCUGUUGCGCGACUCCUCGGGCCAGUGGGUGCGCGCCAAGCUCAUUGCGCGCCAAGCGCUUCCGCGCAACCACCACGCAGGCGCCCACCCCGCGGACCGCGGAACUUCCCCCUUGGGCGCCACCGACGAAGAAAUGGGGCUUCCUGUCGAGGGGAAGGGGGGCGCGGAGAGGGAGGGGGAACCAGCGGAGGGGGGAGCGGAAGAGAAAGGGGGAGGAGGGCCGGAAGUGGUAGAGGAGGUGGAGACACAGCGGUACUGCAUUACCUGCCAUGUGUGGAAGGGACCAAGGACGAGCCAUUGCUCUGAGUGUGGGAGCUGCAUGGAGCGGCUGGACCACCAUUGCGACGCCCUGGGAACGUGCAUUGCGCGCCGCAACCACCGCUUCUUCAUCGCCUUCCUCCUCGCCUCCUCCCUCGCCGCCACAGCAGUCAUCGUGUCAAUCUGCUUACAGCUGGCAUCAGUUGAUUGGUCCAGGGGCCUGGAAGGCCAGCCAUGGCGCAUGUACGUGCUACUGGUGCUGUUGCCGCUCUCCUUCUAUGGUGCAUGCCUGGUUGUCUUUGCUCUGCUCCACUGCGCCAUCCUCGUUUGCGAUGUGACCACUAAGGAGUAUAUCCGAUAUCAGCAAGGCAAGGCGACGCCAUCCGUCACCCAUCAGCGGACCUGGGAGGGUCUGAAAGAGAACUUGCAUGACGUGUUCUGCGCAGAAGCAUCGUCAGCGCCUUCUCACCCGCAUACACACGCGCGCGCCCAUCCCCGUCCCUCUGCCUCUCUUCCCGCGCCCGCGCUGCUUCCGCUCGUCCUCCUCUGCCUGCUCCCCGCGCUCUGCCUCUUCCCGUCCCCCGCCUCCGCCUUCCGCCUCACCUUCCCCCCUGCGCGGGACCUGAACGAUGACGUGGACUCGCGGCUCUACCAGCCGCCAUGUGGCGUGCAGCGCGGGCCGCGGAGCCCGCUGACGUCACUGACAGCUGGCGCGGGCCUGAACGUGACGUGGAGCCUGGCGAUGGCGACAGCUGGCGGGUUCAAAGUGGAGCUGUUGCGACCGCUGGGCGCUCGCUCCCAGCUGUUCCCAUGGGAGCAGCGGAUCCUGGUGGUGGAGGGAGUUGAUGGCAAGGUGCUGCAGCGUUACGCAGUUACCGCACUGACAAACGAGACGGCAGCGUCAUGGGGCAUAAUGGCCAAUCCCACGGCUCAGUGGGCGAUGGUCACUCUCCCUGCUGCUCCCUGCUUCGGCUGCACACUCCGCCUCACACAUCAGGUGCCCCUCCUUGCUUCUGUCCCAUGCAUGGGCUCCGUCCGUCGACUCCCUCAUUGCCUUCUAACCUUCCAUGCCCGUCUGCCUUUCUCACCCCUCUCCAUGUCCUCCUCUUCCUCGUCUCGCCCUUCCUUCCCUCUUACCCCCUCCUCUAACCAACCAUUCCCACCAGGCGCUAGCAGCAGCAGAAGAGCCGUGCCUUACCCGCCCACCGCCCUUCCGUAUACCAGGUCAUACUGUGAGCGCAAGGACGAGUGCAUGGUGGACAGUGACUGUGGCGUGAAUGCCAAGUGCAUUGACAUCCUCUCCUCCAACUACCCCACAAGGCAGUGCUUCUGUGCGGAGGGGUGGAUGGGGCCACAGUGUGCGCAGCGCUCGCCCCUGUCCCUGGAUGCAGCAGUAGACACCACCUCCUGGUGGAAAGAGUAUCCUUUCAACCUCACCAUCCCCAUCACCACCACCACCGCCACCACUAUCAACACAGUCACAAACGCUUCUGCCGGCGGCCUUAUGACGCCUACCAUCUCUGCCUCUUCGGCUGCUUCUGCUGGUGUUGGUGCUGUGGGUGACGGCGCGGUUGCAGGCGGUGGAGUGCGGUACAUGACAAUAUGGUGGAAGAUACUGAAAGAUGAUGCCCCUGAUGCGUCGCUUCCCGGGGGAUCCAACCUUGCCUCCUUUGGUCCGCAGGUCGAAAUGGCCAUUGCAGCACCCACCACCAGCUACGUUGCCAUUGGCUGGCGCCCGGCUAACCUCCCCUGGGUCCCGCCUCCCAACAUCAACCCCUCUCGUGCCACGCCCUUUCCCCCGUCGCCUCCUUCCCCUCCUCCGCCCUCGCCUUCCCCACCGCCCCCUGUUCCCCGCCCUUCGCCUCCUCCGCCCCCUGCUCUCCCUCCUCCUGCUCCUCUCCGCACUCCCACUGGCCGCCGAAACCGCCGGUCCCCUCCCGGGGAGGAGAGGAGGAACGGAGGAGGUGCGCAAGAGAGGAGAGGCAGGGGGGAGGAAAGGAGGGAUGGGGGAGAUGGGGAAGAUGAGAGGAGGGUUGGGGGAGGUGCGAGGGGCGAGAGGAGGGGUGGGGGUGGUGCAGAGGAAGAGAGGCAGGGUGGGGCAGGCAGGAGAGAGAGGAACAGAGAACCACAAGAGGGAAGGGACGGACGAAGGUCAGGAGAAGGGUCCAACGCACGCUCUGAACCACAAACAGAAUCGCAAUCAGAUUCUAGGGAUUUCAGUGGGCGUGAGAGUGCCAGCAGCAGGCGCAGGAGUGGAGGCAGCAGCAACAGGGCAGGCGACAAUUCAGCAGAUGGCAAUGCAGCAAAUGCCGAUGUAGCCGAGGCUGAUGCAGCAGGCGGUGACACUGCAGCGGAUGGCAGCGGCUCAAAUGCUCGUGGUGUGAGGGGACGAGAGACGAGGGAGACUGAUGCGGUGGCUGUUCCGGCUGUAGCAGCAGGCGCCACUGCUGCAACUGCACAACCUGCUGCUACAACUGCUCGCCCCGCUGCUACAACCGCUCGCCCCGCUGCUACAACUGCACAACCUGUUGCUACAACUGCACAACCUGUUGCUACAACUGCACAACCUGUUGCUACAACUACAGCUCGUCCCAGAUCCACCACUUCUCUCUCCGCCUCCUCUUCCUCCUCGCCCUCCUCUGCAUCCCUCACUCGAACCACCGCUGCUGCCACGCCCCCUCCCUCUCAGCCACCGUCAAUCGUGGUGGAGAGGCAGCACAGAGUGCCAGUGCGGGAGGCUUCAGCAGGGGCCAUGCCGGCCAUGUUCCAGCAGGAUAUGACCAUUGUCACGGCCCGAGGGGGUUACUACCGCAUCCAGGACGCAUGGACGUUUUCCACACAUGGCAUGCCCAUAGCAGACACAGCAAUGGGCGGCACAGAUGAUAUUACUGCUGCUACAGCACAUGAAGACGCUGCCUCUGGCACCACCUAUGUCAAAUUCAGACGCCCUCUCCUGCCUUCUGAUGACUCGUUUGACCAUGCCAUCACUGAUAAUGACUUCACCCUCGUCUGGGCCCUCGGUCAACCCUCGCCCGCCUCCCCUUCCACUAGUCCCCUCCUUUCAGCCGCUUCUGCCUCAACCACUCAGACUCUCUCCACCCUCCCCUCCUCCUCCACCUCUGCCUCGCUGCCUCCCCUCGUGCAGCAGCAAAUUGCGGCGUUUUUCAGGGCGGACGAGCUCAAGUACCAUGGCGGCAGCACCAGCAGCCGGGGGUCAUUCCCGCGCAUCAACCUCUUUCUCGGCUCCGACCCUCUCAACUCCCGCCUCUGCCAGCCCUCUCCCCUGCCUGGCUUCUCAUGCUCCCUCGCCCUGCAAGGCGAUCGAGUGACCCUCCAUUGGGCCCUCCUCCCCACCUCCAUUUCCCUCGCUCUGCAAGUCACUGACUGCAAAGGAUGGCUCUCUGUCGGCUUCACUCCCCCCCCCUCCCCCUCCUCCUCCUCGUCUCCUUCUAAGCUCUCCGCCCUUGGGAGCUACGUGGUGCUUGCUGAUGUCAGCCAAGCCAGUGCUGGCGUCAGCCGACGCAACGGCGCCCUGAAUAUCUCCCUUGGGGCGGACGAGCGCUCGCACCUCGUGUGGGCCUUUGCUCCCAAUGCCUUCUCCUCCUCUGGGGGUUCUGGGUCCCCGCCCAACCACUAUCUCCAACACAGGGGUUCGCUGUGGUUGAACUGGGCGUCAGGGGAGGCGCAGGUGCAGGCGUCGCCUUUCCCGUGGCUCAUCGCUCAUUCAUCCAUCAUGGCCUUUGUCUUCUGCUUCCUCCUCCCUCUCUCCGCCGUCGCUGCACGGCUCCUAGCAGUACGCCCCGACUCCAACCGCCCUGUCUUCCACCCUCUGCACGUCCUCUCUGCUCUCCUCACGCCCCUCCUCCUCGUACCAGCCCUCGCCUUUGCCAUCCACGCAGCUUCUUUCUUUCGCACAAACGCCGCCCUCCUCCUCUCCAUAGCCCCCUCCGCGCCUCACCGGCUCGCAGCCCUGCUCACCCCGCACGGGCUCCUGGGCGGCACGCUUGUCCUUUUCCUCGUGAUUGAAGUGAUCUGUGCGCUGCUGUGCCGCCCGAGUCCUGGCUCGCCUGGGCACGCAUGGUGGAUGCUGCUGCACAGAGUGCUGGGAGUGGGGUUGCUGCUGGGAGGAGCAGCUAAUGUGGCUUUGGGAGCUCUGCAGCUAGCUAUGCUGCUGGGCCAACCACUCUGGUUGUGUGUGGGCGUGCCUCUGCUCCCCUGGGCGCUCCUUUCUCUGCUCUACCUGCUGCUGCAGCUCGCACGCCCCACACCAGCAGCGCCACCCAAGCUCCAGGCUGAGGAUUUCGACGUGCUCGCUGCUGCCAUGCGCACCAAAGUCACUGGGUUCAAAGGGGCAGGAGCGGCAGGGGCGAACGGCGGGGCGGUGCAGGGAGAGGGGGUGAGCGGUGGGGUUGUGGGGGGGCUGGAGGAGUGGCCGCCUGCUGGGGUGAAAUGGCCCACGGCUCGCAGAUCGGCGCCUGGAACCCCCUCGGGGCCGCAGCGGCAGCAGCAGAGCCCCACGCGCAGCUUCGGCAGUGUGAGCGAGCUCGGCAGUACCACAGACUCCUCCCCGCCCCAAAGAGAGCCCCUGUACGGCCGCCCCUUCAUCUCCCACAGCAGUGGGGAGAGCAGUAGCAGCGGCGGGGAGCAGCGCAGCCCCGCCGUCGCUGCCAAUUCUGCGAGUCUUGCCGUUCUUGCCUGUCUUGCCAGCUCGGCCGAUUCGUCGUUGGACGUUGCUCAAUCGCACGCCUCGAUCUCGCCAUCCAUGGCGUCAGCAACUCCAUCGGACGGCCUAGCGCAAUCCCCGCCUCCUCCGGCGGCGGAAUUCACAGCGGAUCCCGCCACGUCAGUGGCGGAAGCUGGUGCCACGUGGCAGGCGGAGGCGUCGUCACAGACGCGGUCGCAGUCCCCGUCGGCCGAGCUCGCGCGGCAAUCCCAAGGUCCGGUCGAGACACCCGCGCAAGACCCUGGUGCUGCGGGAAAGGGUGAAGGCGGUGAAAUUCCCGCGGGUGAUUCUUCCGGUGUGGAUGAAAUUCCCGCUGAUGGGGGUGUACCCUCUGCCGCUGCUCCCACUCCUGCUGCUCCUGCUGCUCCCGCUGCCUCCGCUGCUCCCGCCGCCCCCGCUGCUCCCGCCCCUCCCGCCGCUCCCGCUGUCGGUGAGGAGCAGUCGACUGGUGGGUCAGUCGGCACUCCUGCGGCCGCAACCACUGCUGGCAGUAGCCGGGGGCUUAACGCCGCCGCUCCCGCCUUCGUCCCGCAGUUUGCAUGCGCGGGCGUAGGCGCAGGCGCAGACGUUGCGUGGCUGCCGGCGCACCUGCUGCCCCCGCAGCCGCUGCUUCCACUGCCGUUCAACACGCCUGGAGCAGCGCAGCAAGGAGUCGCCGGUGCGCCGUUCGCAUGGUAUGGCGGAGGAAUUCCCGCGCACGCGCUGGCGCAGGGGGUUGGCGGAGGGUGGGGGGACGUGGGGUGGGAAGCGGGGGGGGUUUGGGGCGCGCAGGAUGCGGUUGGGGCGAUGUGGGGAAGCGGAGCGGACAGCGGAAGGAGAGAGGGGCGCGCGGAUGGGAUGGCGGGUGGUGGCGGGGCGGGCGGAACGGCUCGUGGGCAUGCGCAGGGGCAGCAGGAGAAAGGUGCAAUGGGGAGGAGGGAGGCGGGAGGAGGAGGCGGAGUGGGAGGAGGCGGAGGCGGAGGGGGUAUGGUGCGACGGUCCAAGGCGACGUUGGAGCAAGAGGCGGAUGUGAAAGAGGUGCUGCUGAAACUGGUACGCGGUGACGAGGGGUUGGGAGUGGCGGAGAUGGGGUUGAGAGGGGAGAGGGCGAGAGGUGGAGAGGGAGAGGAAGAGAGGGAUGGGGGGUAUGGAAGGAGAGGGAAGGAGACGGGUGAAGGGAGUGGUUUGUCUGGUGUCGAUCACAACAUGCCAUACGACCAUCACCUCCUAUCCAUGGCCAACCAGGACCCCCAAGGCUUCGUGUCGCUGUGGUACCUGGCGCAGUUCAGGGAGGUGCGGUCCAUGCUGCAUCCCAGCAUGUCCACUGCACCGGGCCCCAUCGUUGCACUGCUAGCCGAUGCCAUCCGUGAAGCCUCCUCCUCCACUACCCUGGUGUUGAGUGACGAUGGCAUGCGCGUGCGCAGGCAGCAACCACUGCCUUUCACAGACGUGGAUGAGCUGCAAGCACGCACAGUCGUUGCUCACAACCUCCCGCCCAACAUCUCCCUCUCUGCUAUAGAAGAUAUUUUCAAGCAGGCUGGCAGGGUGCGCAUGGUGCGUCUCUGCACCCCACAGGCGUCAGGUCACACUGCUUCUGCUGUGGCCCAUGUGCGAGUUGCCGCUGCUACUGCCCCUUCUACCGCUGCUGCUGCUGCUGCUGCCGCUCCUUCCAAUGCUGAUGCCCCUUCAGCCGCCGCUGCACCUGCCGCUGCUGAUGCCCCUUCAGCUGCUGCUGCUGCUGCCCCUUCCGCUGCUGCUGACCUGGUUACUGGUCCCAGCAACAGCCAUGGGGAGGCAUCAUCAUGUGCGAAGUUCCACGCAUUGAUCGAGUUUGAGACAGUGAAAGAAGCUCACAAUGCGGUGGAGACACUGAACAGCAGCGACUGGCGCCAUGGGUUGCACGUCAAGCUGUUCAAGAAACUCACUAAAGCAUGUUCAGGAGACCCCCUGUGUGACUCCUGUGCCGCUGCGCCUGCUGCAUCGCCCACGGCUCACGGCAAGAAGAGCAGGGCAGGGAAGGGCAGGGGGCGAGGGGGAGAGGGAGGGGGCAACAAACACGGGGCAGCAGGGGGAGCGGGAGGAGCAGCAGCCGGCCGGGGUGGGGCAGGAGGGGUCGGUUCUAAAGGGAGUGCGCCUGGUGCAGCAGCUGCUGCUGCUGGCGGCAGUGGCGGCGGUGGUGGGAGCAGCGGCGGUGGGGGGGAGGCAGUGGGGAGCAAGCCACUGCCAGGGCCGAGGGGUCCGGAUGGCAGCAGAGGGUUCUCCCUGGGGAGAGGGAAGCGCAUGCCUGGGUCGUGA